AUGAUCGUUAUGGAUUUGAUUGUGCCCAGACUAUGACUCGUGUCAGUAAAUGGACUGGUAAUCCCUGUGAUUAUAUUCAGCAUUGGAUCUUGAGGUGUUUGAGGUGUUUCAUUAGCCCCAAUGGGUGAGGGUGUACAUUAUUCAUCUGUGAAGUUCAAGAAGAAUUUGAGAGGAGAUUCUGCAAUAAAUCAGGAUGAAGGUGUAACCUAUUCUGAGGUGAAAACAACAAAAUCACCCUCCUCCAACACAGAGUGCCACUGUGGUACAACAGAGAGAAGUGGACAAAGCUCACAUCCCUACAGACUGGCUGCCAUGUGUCUCGGGCUGCUGUGUGCUCUCUUAUUGGCUGCCACAUUAGUCCUGUGUGUCUUCUGUACAAGACUAUCUCAGAACUAUUCAAUGUUGGAGAGAGACCUGGAGGAGCUCAGAGGCAAUAACAUCACCAUGAAUAGAGAGGAAAACCUUCAGCUUCAGAGAGACUACAACACCCUGAAACGAGAGAAAGACCAGCUACUGAGAGACUACAAUAGCCUGAAACAAGAGAAAGACCAGCUACAGAGCGACUACAACAGCCUGAAACGAGAGAAAGACCAGGUACAGAGAGACUACAACAGCCUGAAACGAGAGAAAGACCAGCUACAGAGAGACUGCCACCACCUGAAACAAGAGAAAGACCAGGUACAGAGCGACUACAACAGCCUGAAACCCAAGAGCUCAGCACACCGAUCUUCAUUGGAAAUUCAGACAAUGAAUGCCUCAAGAGUCUCUCACAUUUCAGAGGGUACUUACACUGGACUUGUUUCUUCAGACCAUGCUGUGUACAGCACGGUGGACCAGACCUCACUCAACCGCCCAAGAGCUCAGCAAACUGCGCUUGUGACCAUAGAUAAACGUGGACGAAGCUCACAUCCAUACAGACUGGCUGCAGCGUGUCUGGGGCUUCUGUGUGCUCUCUUCUUGGCUGCCACAUUAGUCCUGUGUGUCCUCUAUGGUUCAGUCCUGGGGGAGCUCAAGGCCUGUAAUGGCACCCUGAAUCAAGAUAUGGAUCAGCCACAGAGAGACUACAGUGGAGUAUUUAUGAAACUCCCAUUUCUGGAUGGUUUCUGUCCCCUUAUUGCACAGAAGAGAGAGUGCAUACCCUGUCCACAAGGCUGGGAACAGUUCUCCUUCAAGUGUUACUACUUCUCUACUGAGAGGAAGAGCUGGAUGAGCAGUCGCAGUGACUGCAUUAAACGGGGAGCUGACCUGGUGGUCAUAGAGAGUGAAGAGGAACAGGAGUUCAUCACCAAUCACACAAAAGAAGAUCACUGCUGGAUUGGACUAAGUGACUUAGAAACUGAGGGUAUCUGGAUCUGGGUGGAUGGAACCCCCCUGCAGAGAGGAUUCUGGGUGAGUGGAGAGCCAGAUGACCAUUAUUGGAUUAAUAUGAAAAAGUAUGAAAAAUCAGACUGUGCCCUGACUAUGACUGGUAAGAAAGCAUGGGCUGAUAAUCGCUGUGAUUACAUCCAGUAUUGGAUCUGUGAGACAAAUGCUCUGCUCCCCUAAAUAGUUUUAGUAAUUAUAAGUUUGGUUGUUUUAUCUUGGGAGAACCAGAUGAUCAUGCCGGGUUUGACAGUCGAACAUUGUUCCAAUAACCAGAGCACAAGGUCACAAUUACUGUUGGGGAUAAAUGGAACAUUCAUACUGCUACUUUAACAAGAAAUAUGUCUGUGAGACUAAGCUUUAUUAAAUGCAUUGAAAUGACUACAUGCAGAGUAGAUUUAAUCUCAUAGCAUUGUUGGUUCUCUGAAUUUGGACAUAUGUAUAAAUAAUCACAAACCAUAUAUUUAAAAUGGUCCUCAUUAGGAGGUGUUGACACUGUACAUUUAUUGUAACCUACAACAGCAAUCACUCUGCUACAAAAGUUAAUGUAAUGUAAAUAAAAAGAGUAAUUUUUAAAAAAAAUGAGUAUGUCACUAAAACCUGCUCACCUAUAGCUCACCAAACAGAAGUUGUGACCUAAAGCCAUAAACCACAUGUACCCAUGUAAACAACUGGUAUGCGACUCUGUGUGCUUCCUGUUACAUUUAUCUCUUUCUGUCUGUAUCAAGCGGAUGACCUUCUAUGUGUUUUUGAAAAUCCAUUAAGCUGACUUAAGUAGUUGUGAUUGCAUUAUGCAUCUGUAAAAUAUAUUUGCUAUGUUUGAAAUUGAAAUAAAUAACAAAAAGUUUUUUGGUAA